AUGGAGACUUGUCCUGUUCAGACUUGUCCUGUGCAGCCUUCUCCUAUUCAGGCUUUUCCUGUUACGACAAGACUCUUUGUUGCCGUAUCGGUUUUAACAUGCAUGAACUUCAGUGGUGCCGUUGCAUGGUGGUUAGUACGUGGGCCACGGUUCAGUAAACUUGCCGACGAAAUAGUUGAUGGGCGAGCAACACCACAGGGCGUACAAAAUUUUCAAGACGAUGUUCGAGAUUCACGGGUGGCGGCUAUAUCAGUCCGCGCAGUCAUCAUAGUAUUAAAGCUUGGAGGACAUGCACGGGAAGCUAAAGCGCUGAACGAACAGCUGCGAAUCGCAGGGCGCGGAAGACCAAUGGCAAUGGAUCCUGAAUCUAGGAGCGUUACCAGCCAAGUGGUUGAAGGAGUGCAAGCCUCACUACCUCAGACAGAAACACCAAUGGUAGGAGAGAAUGUGGUCCUAGGUAGGGACAUACUGCUUCAGGAAAGGAGGCUGGCCCAGAGCCCAAGACCUUCAACAUCCUCCGAGCGUCCUCCAGCUGCGAGCCAGCGUCCCUCAGCCUCCACAGCGGCUCUUGCAACCUCGAGGCCGAAUACCCCAACUUCAAGCCCUCGACCUUCAACUUCGAUCAUCCGUCCUUCAACUCCCAACCCACGUGGUACAAUCUCUACUUCGAGUCCUUCAACCCAGCCUCAACAACCUUCAACCCCAACUCAACGGCCUUCAAUCCCAGGCUCACAUCCCCCAGGCCCAACUCCACGUUCUUCCACCUCAACCAAGACAAGUUGGGAGACCGGACGGACUCACUGGUCUGCCGCGUCUGCUAGUCCAGAAAACCCGCUUAGCAACACAUUUGACCACUCCAGCCCUUACGGGGCAGCGGUCAACAACCUGAGAAACGCUCGCAAUGCUAGCAGCUAG